AUGUACUCCGUACCUCCACGGGAGUGGGCGCCUCCUCAAAGUCUAGUGAAGGCGGACCGACGAGGUUCAGCCCAAUGGCAGAUCGCAGCAGGGAUCUCAGCUGCCCGCGCAUCGGCCGGACUCGGCAGCCACCGGCGAAUCCGCGUGCUGAAGCGGCCCAAGACCAGCUGCCCCACGUCUGCUCGACCCUCCAUCAGCUGA